GUUCAUAUGGAAUGAGUACUUACUGGAGAACCUUGAGGGCUCCGUACACUCAAGAUGGAUACUCCAUAUAAUAUGUGGAUUCAUGUCACAAAUCAGAUACAAACUUAUCGUAAAGUGGCUCCAAUGAAGAAUCACAGACGAGACAUAUACACUAGCACUCUGAGGUACUAUAGGAACGCAUUCACUGACGCAGACAAGCAGAUGGCUAUUAAUGUGUUCCUUGGAGUGUUUGUACCAAAAGAAGGAGAAGCCAAUGUAUGGGAACUAUCAACUGAUUAUUAUCUACACCAUAGGACAGCUAGGGAACCGCAAUCACCGAAACUGUUUAAGAGUCCUACCAAAUGGUGGAAAGAUGAACUGAUAUCAUCACUACCUUUACCACAAUAUGAAGGACAAGUUAUUGCUAAUACUGAAGAUGAUCCUAAAGAAGAAGAACCCACUCCUCCAGCAGUACCUCAUAUUAAUAAUGACACUACUGACAGAGACAGUUUUGAUGAAAUAUACAAAACUUACGAACUAACUGACUUUGAUAGACUCCUGAGCACAUCUGUUGUAAGGACUGGAGAUAAUGUUGUGUCUCUUGAUAGUGAAGGUGGUGCUAUUCAAGGUAAUCCUUUUGUAGUGAGAGACAAAAUGAAGAAGAAGGUGGGUAGUUCCAAGAUGGCUGCUAAAAGAGGAUUAAGUGUUGGUAUACAACAGACUGAGAUAUAUGUACUCACAAUUUGACAGAUGAUUAUUUUAUUGUGCGUUAUAUAUGACUUUGAUUAUGUGUUCACCACUUUUUUGUGGUGGUUUGUGUGUUUUA